AUGAAUGAACGAAGUGAUUUCAAGAGAAUAGAAAUAAUACCCCUUUCUAAUCAAUCAUCCCCAAAGACUUUUGGAAUAACAAAACAAUUAACUACUUCAAUACUAACGACAUUUAAUAGAUGUUUACCUAAUGAAGAACUUAUCAUUACUUCACCAUCUAUACCUAUGUUAAAUCAACAACGAGAUAAUGAAAUUAAUGAUUUGAUUAUAAGAAAAGGAGAUAUUAUUGGGACAUUUACUUCUCUUGAAGGUCCUGAAUGUUCAAUGGAUAUUUCUAAAUUAACAAAAUAUAGAGUUAUUGAACCACUUGGUCAAGGAACAUUUGGUCAAGUAUUUAAAUGUGUUGAUCUAUUAGAUAAAGAAAAAGAAGUUGCAAUAAAAAUAUUAAAAAAUCAUACAGCAUAUUUUCGUCAAGGACUUAUUGAAGUAAGUGUUUUAAUGAUUUUAAAUACAUUUUAUGAUCAAGGACAAAAUAAUAAAAUACUUACAAUGAAAGAUCAUUUUAUGUAUUAUAAUCAUAUUUGUAUUGUUACAGAAUUAUUAGGAAAAGAUUUAUAUCAUCUUAUGAAAGAAAAUAAAAAUAAAGGGUUUUCUAUUAGAACUAUUAGAAAAUUUCUUUUUCAAUUAUUAAGAGCAUUAAGAACAUUAUCACAUGCUAAUAUAGUUCAUUGUGAUGUAAAACCAGAAAAUAUUUUAUUACAAGGUGCUACUUCAAACAUUAAAUUGAUUGACUUUGGAUCAGCUUGUUUUGAAAAUUUCACAAUGAAUACAUAUAUUCAAUCAAGACAUUACAGAGCACCAGAAAUUGUUUUAGGGUUACCUUAUUCAUGUGCAAUUGAUAUGUGGUCUGUAGGAUGUAUAGCAGCAGAAUUUUUCCUUGGGAUUCCAUUAUUUGCUGGAACAAGUGAAUAUAACUUAUUAUUUAAAAUGAUAGAUAUGUUAGGAAUGUUACCUAAUGAAAUGUUAAAGAAUGGAACACGAACAAAAGAAUUUUUUAAUUUAAAAAAUGGUGUUUAUGAAUUUAAAGAACAAUUUCAAUAUGAAGCAGAGAAAAAUAUAAGACUUACACCAAAUAGACAUUAUUUUUCAUAUCAUGCUCUUAAAGAUCUUAUUGAAAAGAAUCCAAUGAAAGUUGGAUCAAGUGAAGUUGAUGAAGUUAAAGAAAUUCGUGCUUCACUUUAUGAUUUUUUACUUCGUUGUUUUGUAUAUAAUCCAAAAGAUCGUUUAACUCCUGAUCAAGCUCUUGCUCAUCCAUUUAUUAUAGGAACAACUAUAGAAGGAUAUGAAAUACCAUUAAGAGAAGUUCCUUAUAAAGAAUAUGGUAAAGUAAUGACAAUGAAAGGAAAAGAAUAUAUUAAUCGUGUUUUUAAUGGUAUAGAAGAAAAUAUUUGUGAUAACCAAAUGUAUUAUAAAGUAUUUAUGCAUGCACUUUAUAAUGGUCAUAUUGUUAAUGUUCUUACUGAAUCACCAUAUGUUGGUUCUAUAACACCAGAAAGUUUUAUUAAAAUUUUUAAUGAAAAAUGUGGUUUUCCUAAAAAACUUCAAACUAUGAAAUCUAUUACUCCAAGACAAGUUAAAGUUGUAAUAAUUGAUGAAGGUAAACAAGAAUUUUCUUCUUCAACUGAAUCUCCUAAUUCUGGAUCAAAGUCUUCAUCUCCACAACUUGAUAAUGAAAAAGAAAAACGUAAAUCAAAAGUAGGAAAAAUAAAAGACCUUUUUCGUAAAUUAACACCUAGUCAUUCUCCUAGAGUUUCACCUCGUUUUUCUCCUAAAAUAUCACCAAGGUCUUCUUUUAAUUCUUCACAUGGUUCUUCUAGUAAUGGUAGUAAUUCACCUAAUUCUACUUCUACUGAUGAUAGAAGUCAACAACUUGUUCCAGAAUUAAUUAACGAACCUCAUACUAACAAACUCUCAAUUGUAUCUUUACGUAUUAAUGAAUCUACAUCUGAUUCUGAUGGAGAAAAACAAAAAAAGAAAAUUCAUAUAGAUAUCAGUAGUAGUAGUAAUGAAAAGAAAAAAAAGAAAGAUAAAAAGAAGAAAUAA